AUGGAAAUUGAGCUACUUUACAUGCAAGCUAGACGUCGCAAGGUUCAAGGAUUAUCCCGUCUAUCGUAUUUCAGAGAUGGUGCUGAUGUCAGCCUUAGUCUUUCCGAGGACAUCGACCAGCCGGGCAGAGGCAGCUCUGUGAUUCGUUUCUCUCAGGAAAAUAAUUUGCCUCCGAAGGCAAUUUUGCUAAUUGACAACUGCUCUGCUCAUGCACCAAUUGAGAAACUUCAAAGCGACGAUGGAAAUAUAAUUGCAUUUUUCUUUCCACCAAAUGUAACAGCAACUUUACAACCAAUGGAUCAGAAUCCUAUUAAGUUAACCAAGCUAAACUACAGAAGUAUGCUUCUUUCUCAAUUAAUUGCUGAAGGAGGUGACCUCAAGGUUCGCUUGAAAUCCUUUUCAAUUCGAAAUGCAAUCAUGCUAUUAAAGCAAGCUUGGUAUGAUGUUCCAGAAAGAGUAAUAAAAAAGUCCUGGUCAAAGUUGAACAACUGGGACUCUGAUCAGUAUGAAAGUGAUGACGAUGAUGUGCCACUAGCACAGCUACUGCAAAAAGAUCAAGACUGCAAUGGAGCUCUUCAGGCAGCUCAAGCACUUUUAACAGAAAUAGAGCCAACUAAUAACAUUAGCAUACCAGAAAUUGAAAUAUGGAACAAUGAUGUGCUUGAUGACGACCCUGCACAUGAUCUCAAUAGCGAUGAUGAGUCUUCAGGUAGCAGCGAAUUUGAUGACCGGGAGGUCUUACCAGUUGUCUCUACUUCUACAGCCAUUGAAAGCGUUUCCUUUGAUCGUCAUCAAAAUAAAAGAGGAGCAAAUCUUAUGGAAAAAGUCAUUGGGCAAAUACAAUAA